CGGUUCAUAUUAACCGGUUCAGAAGAUCCAACUUAUCCUUUCCGAGGAAAACCCUAGCAUACCUGGCUUUGAAUUUCAGGUCCCAACCUUCCGACGCUAUCUGCGGCUCUCACAUUGCCUGCAGUACUCGCAAGGGAAAUUUAGAUCCAAUAUGAAGUUCAACAUUGCGAAUCCCACCACUGGGUGCCAGAAGAAGCUUGAGAUCGAUGAUGAUCAGAAACUGCGAGCUUUCUAUGACAAGAGAAUCUCACAGGAAGUCAGUGGAGAUGCUCUUGGAGAGGAAUUCAAGGGUUAUGUCUUCAAGAUCAUGGGAGGAUGUGACAAGCAAGGUUUCCCCAUGAAGCAAGGAGUUCUUACUCCAGGACGUGUUCGCCUGCUACUUAGCAGAGGAACCCCAUGUUUCCGUGGAUAUGGAAGGCGCAAUGGAGAGCGCAGGAGAAAAUCUGUUCGUGGUUGCAUCGUAAGCCCUGACCUUUCUGUUCUGAACCUUGUCAUUGUCAAGAAAGGUGAAAAUGAUCUUCCUGGGCUGACUGACAUUGAGAAACCUAGGAUGAGAGGACCAAAGAGGGCUUCGAAGAUCCGCAAACUCUUCAACCUCUCCAAGGAAGAUGAUGUCCGCAAGUAUGUCAAUACUUAUCGCCGGACCUUCACUACCAAGUCAGGGAAGAAGUGCAGCAAGGCACCCAAGAUCCAGAGGCUAGUGACUCCCCUUACAUUGCAGAGGAAGCGUGCCAGGAUUGCAGAGAAGAAGAGGAGAAUUGUCAAGGCUAAAUCUGAGGCUGCAGAGUACCAGAAACUUCUUGCUUCCAGGUUGAAGGAACAGAGAGAACGCAGGAGCGAGAGUUUGGCAAAGCGGAGAUCGAAGCUUUCUGCUGCAUCCAAGCCGUCUGUUGCUACCUAAAGUUUUUUAUCUAUAGACUGGACUGCCAUUUUUGUAUCAUCAAACUUGUCUUUGAUGCAGCUUCCAUGGCUGUGUGCGCCCAUUUGUUUUCUUUAGGACAAUUUUAAAUUGAGUUGUAUUUGAUUUAGUCGUGUACUUGCUUAAUCUAGAAGUCAUAUAAUGGUAAGUCCACAUUCUUAACAUCUGGUAUUUCUCAUAGGUUGCAUAUUAAA